AUGAUUGCUCUGCGCCUUCCUCUUCUACUUCUUCUUCUUCUUAUCCAAUAUGGGUCUCCGUCUCACGUCAAACCAAGCUCAACUUUCUGCAUCCAAGAAGCCACCAUUGAAGACAUUAGACUUGCUUUCAAGGAAAAGAAACUGACAUCAAAGCAGCUCGUUGAGUUUUAUCUCGAAGCAAUCUCCAAACUCAAUCCGAUACUCCACGCAGUCAUCGAGACGAAUCCUGAUGCGUUGGUCCAAGCAGAGAUGGCAGACAGAGAACGUGACCUCCUCAAAGACGACAGCACUAAGCUUCCUAUGUUGCACGGUGUUCCGAUUCUGCUCAAGGACUCCAUCUCCACCAAGGACAAGCUUAACACGACGGCUGGCUCGUUGGCCUUGCUUGGUUCGGUCGUGGCUCGAGACGCCGGUGUUGUCAAGAGACUGAGAAAGUCUGGUGCUGUGAUCUUGGGCAAAGCCAGUUUGAGCGAAUGGGCUUAUUUCCGUUCUAACUCCAUCCCAAGUGCUUGGAGCGCACGUGGCCUCCAAGGAAAGAAUCCGUACGUUUUAUCAGCAAGUCCGGGUGGGUCAAGUAGUGGAUCGGCUAUAUCAGUGGCGGCUAAUCUUGUGGCUGUGUCAGUUGGGACUGAAACUGAUGGUUCCAUUCUCUGUCCAGCGAAUCAGAACUCGGUGGUCGGGAUUAAACCGAGCGUUGGGCUCACCAGCCGAGCCGGGGUGGUUCCUAUCUCCCCGAGACAGGACACUAUUGGGCCGAUGUGUAGGACAGUUGCGGACUCUGUUCAUCUCCUUGAUGCUAUUGUGGGUUAUGAUCACUUUGAUGAGGCCACACAUACAGCUUCCAAGCUCAUACCGGAAGGCGGUUACAAACAGUUUCUGAAAGCUAGUGGUCUCAAGGGUAAGAGAUUAGGGGUUGUUCUGAAGAAUCCCCUUCUCGAUCAACACAUCAACACAUUAAGACGAGAAGGUGCGAUCGUCAUUGACAAUCUAACGAUACCAAACAUGGAAGUCAUUAUGGACUGGACUAAAAGCGGUGAAGAGAUAGCACUUUUGGCUGAGUUCAAGAUCUCUCUUAAUGCAUAUCUUAAGGAGCUUGUGAAAUCACCGGUCCGGUCCUUAGCAGACGUUAUUGCCUACAACAAGAAAUUCUCUGAACAGGAAAAGGUGAAAGAAUGGGGACAGGACGUCUUCAUUGCAGCAGAAGCAACCAAUGGAAUGGGUGAGAAAGAGAAAGCAGCGUUGCAGAAAAUGGACGAACUUUCGAGGAAUGGAAUCGAAAAGCUAAUGGAGGAAAACAAGUUGGAUGCAAUAGUGACGCUUGGUUGGACGUUGAGCUCUGUCCUUGCCAUUGGAGGGUAUCCAGGAAUCAAUGUCCCUGCAGGAUAUGAUAGUCAAGGAGUUCCCUUUGGGAUUACCUUUGGAGGACUGAGAUUCUCAGAGCCAAAGCUCAUUGAGAUUGCUUAUGGCUUCGAACAAGCCACUUUGAUCAGGAAUCCGCCAAAGUUUACAGCUUGA